UAAAUAAAAAUCAAUCAAUUAAUACUACGCGGUUUCUCUGUUAUCUUCGUUCCACGCGACACUCCUUUUUUCGUUUCUUCCGUCUCCCUAAUUCCUUCUUAACCCUCUCAAUCUCUUUUCAACAUUUUUUCUUUUCACAUCACUUUAUUACCAUCAUCUUUUCUUUUUUAAUUAAAGAAUAUUUAAUUAAAGAGAAAGUGUUUCUGAUUUUCUAGGGUGGUGUUAUCUUUUUUAAUUUUCAGUUUCAUCUUGAUCUUGAAAUUAUUAUUAUGUCUACGGAUACAACAACAACGACGUCGUAUUGGUGUUAUAGAUGCAGUCGUUUUGUAAGAUUAGCGACACAAGAAACGGUUAUUUGUCCCGAAUGCGACGGUGGUUUUCUCGAACAAAUCGAUCAACCGUCGCGUUCUCUUCAAAUUGAUGCUCGUCGGAGACGUUUUCCGGCUGCAGCUAUGUACAUGAUCGGUCAACGUCCUAGUUCCGAUCAUACUUUCCGACCAUCUUCUAUCAGAAGAAAUCGUCGUAACGGUGGUGAACGGUCUCCUUUCAAUCCGGUUAUUGUUCUCCGCGGCGGUGGAACAACAACGACAGAGGUAACAGAAGCUGGAGCUGGUGGAGAGAGUCGUGGAUUUGAGCUUUUUUAUGAUGAUGGUGCUGGUUCUGGUUUAAGACCUUUACCUCCAAGUAUGUCAGAGUUUCUUCUUGGAUCUGGAUUUGAUAGAUUGUUAGAACAGCUUUCUCAGAUUGAGAUUAAUGGAAUAUCGAGAUUCGAACAUCCUCCGGCUUCUAAAGCUGCAGUUGAUUCAUUACCAACUAUUGAAAUUGAUAAUACUCAUUUGGAAAUGGAACCACACUGUGCUGUUUGUAUGGAGGCUUUUGAAUUUGGUACUGUUGUUAGAGAAAUGCCUUGUAAGCAUAUUUAUCAUCCUGAUUGUAUUUUACCUUGGCUUGCACUUCAUAAUUCGUGCCCGGUUUGUCGCCAUGAAUUACCGUCUGAUGCUGAUGGUGUAGCUAAUAAUCAACCACAAUUACAGUCGCAGUCACAGGUGCAAUCGGUUGGUUUAAAUGAAGAAGAGAGUAAUAUUGGGUUGACUAUUUGGAGAUUACCAGGUGGUGGUUUUGCCGUGGGGAGAUUUUCGGGUGGGAGAAGAGGUGCUGAGAGGGAGCUUCCUGUUGUUUAUACUGAAAUGGAUGGAGGGUUUAAUAAUGGUGGUGAACCUAGGAGGAUUUCUUGGUCUUCUAGAGGGGGUAGAGGGAGGGAGAGAAGUGGCGGUUUGAGAAGGUUUUUCGGGAGUUUCUUUGGUUGUUUUAAUAAUGGUGGGGUUGGGAAUCAGCUUACUGUUUCGAGUAGAGAGGCGAGAUCAAUGAGGACUAAUUCGUCUCAUUCUUCAAAUAUGGAUCCCUCUCCGCGUUCGCGAAGGACUUGGUCUAUGGAUGUUAACAGUGGAAUGAGAUCAUGGUAAAUAUAAUGAGAAUGAUUGAAUUCAAUGUGCACAAUGCAACAAUUGUGACAUUUUCUGCUGCUGAUAUGUGGUGAAACGAGUGGGAACACGAUCGGGAAUUUUGGUUGUAUGGAUCAUCAAUGGGGAUGUGAAGCAGCAGCAAUGGCAGAAAAGUCGGAAAACAAUCGGGGGGGGGGGGGGGACCUUAGUAGAACGAUGAUAACCUGUGUGGUAUUUGUCUAUCUUUUGUUGGGAAAGGGGGGGAGAGGGACACGAUGAUUAGUAACUUACUUUUACUUUGAUAAUGAACUGAUUCAAACGAAUCACAUAAGCACCUUAUUAUUGUUUAUUAUUCUGUGUUCUUUCUCAUCAUUGAUAAACUUCAUUUAGCUUCA